ACACUGCACGUCUCUCCUGCUGCUGCUGCUGCUGCUGCUGCGGACUCAUGAAAACCAUUCGCUCACAUCAACUCCAACUGAUUCUAUUUAAGUGAUCACUAGCACUCCUCCAACAUCGGAUUCUUGUGCUGGAAAGCGGGAGAAAGCAGAAGCGGCAGAUGGGGGGGCAAGAUCAGGACAGAGGCGCGGCAGGAUCUACGGACUGAACCGGAGAAGCUGGAUUUCCUGGAAUUUUUUCGUUUUCCUUCUCAUGGCUCAGUGGGGGUUUCAGACCAGAGGGGCAUCACAAGGAGGCUGAAAGUUGCUGAGCAGGGGAAGAGAAGUGAUGGUCCACGUAGCAGCUGAACGUCUCCUCAUCGCGACCUCCUACCAGACCGGCUGUGGCUGAAGUAAGUGCAGCUGGACAAAGUGAACUCGCAGAAGUACAGGAGGUUCCGGAGAUGCCGAUCCACCAUGGCAUGCUGGUCUGCCUGGGCGUGCUGCUGAUGUCCGCCGGAGGGGUCAUGGUCCUUGGCUUCGGCCUGAACAGCUCGGUGCUGCUGUUCGCCCUCGGGCUGUUCCUGGGCCUGGGGGGCAUGGGGCUGCUGGUCAGUGGAGUCUGCAUGGCCAUGAAGAACCUCCAUGUGGCGGUGCCCGGACACUUCCUCCUGCACCCCCGAACAGGCACACGCUUCAGCCCACAGCAGGCCGUGGCCAUUCAGAGGAGGUUGGACCGAAUUCGUCGGGAGAUGUCAGCGGACUCCGUCAGCAGGGCGCCGGAGCCCGAACCCUCCUUGCCUUCCACCCCACCGCCCUGGACUAUGGAGCCGCCUCCAUCCUACGACACGGUGAUGAAGAGCCAGGAGCGCAGCGAAGAGCUUUAACCUUCAGUGGACAUCCUGAAUUCACGUCAGUGCCUUUUGUCUCCGACUCUCAGUGAGAAGCAUAAAUCAACGGUCGCUGCUAUCCGUGAACUCGCUGCGACCGACCUCUUCUGUGCCUUAAGAGCCACGGUGAUCCCAAGCACAAGAAAAGCUGGAGCUGGUUAAAGACUUAAUAUUUGUACAGACUGGGCCCCUGUGUGGCCUCGAUGUCUCCUUAAUAUAUGUGCUGUGACUGAUUGCGAAAGUAAUUGAAAUGAUCACUACAAAUGCUUCACUCUGUGCACUAAGGGCCUUUCUUUCGACAAGCACUAUGUAACUUUUACGACAAAGUUCAUGGAUUCAUGUCAACAGAUUGGCCGCAGGUCUUUUGUAGAUGCCUAAUUAGGAUAUUUUAUCAGCCUGCUUGAAUUUAUGUGACCUACUACUGUGGCUGCACGGCGCUCUUCUUCAAACCCAACUAACCCUCACAGCUGCACAACUCCUCUUUGCAUCUGUAGCUUAUUUCAAGGCUAAGUGCCUUAACCAGGAAAGCAGAAUGCUAUCAGGACAGUGUUAUUCAUCGCUCAGCUUUGUAUCCACUGUUUGCAGAAUGCCCACUGUUAGUUUUGUUGUGACAUUACUAUAAACUUGAGUUAAUGAACA